UACGGAAAAAGGCACAAGAAAUUCAAAAGUACAAUGACUCUCCGCACCUGUUGUCUAGGGGAGGCUAUGAGCUGCUAGAAAAAAAAUUAAUGGCUGAAAAAAUGAAGAUACGAGAAGAACAAGCAGCAUUUACCGAGGACCCUUCAUUGUACCUCCCACCAUCACCAAUUUCUAGACACGAGAAAUGGAAGAGUGCACGCACAAAACAAUAUGGCCAGAUGACAUCUCAAGCCGCCAAAGAAAUUGCUGACAAAAUUGACUCUUUGGAAGAGCAAAGCAGGCAGGGCAGCAUUGUGCCUUCCGGACGUGACGAUAUUUUGAACAUGGCUAUUGGAAGACCGGAGCAUCCUGGUCGUGUACGUGGGACUGGGACAGGGGUUACAAUUACGCAGUACUUUGGUCCAUCAUCGCGUCGGUCUACCACUUCAUCAAACAUCACUGUAGAACAGUUGGCUGAUAUAAUUGGUAACCUAAAAGAAGAAUGGAAAAGACAGGCUGAACAAGAAAACAUUAAAAGAGAGGAGGUGUGGAUGAGGAGGGUAGAAGAGGAAAAACAGCGCACUAUGGACACAUUUAAAGGACAAAUACAAGAAGCUAUCAAGUUGGAGUUGUCACAAAUUGCAUCACAACAUUCAGCCCCACUUCAGCCAAAUGAUAUACAAGUAUUAGCAGCAAGGGUAAGCACGAAGGGAAGCUGUGCAACAGCAGAGACAAAUGCAUUAGCUAAAAAACCCUCUGAGUUGAAUGGUGACAAUGUCGGGCUGCAUGUAACCGUUGAGAACUCCAACAAAUUAGUGGCAGUGGGCAAACGGUGCGACAGUUUUGGCACCAUCCACAACGUGCCCUAUGCUGAUGAUGUUGUUCGCGUGAGUGUGGUGGAAGUUAUUUUCGGUGAUGCGGAGGUUCCAAUCCCUACAUCAGAAAUAAAGUUUGUCAAAGAAGCUUUAGGUAGUUUUGUUCCAUGGCCAACACAUUUGGUCAAACCCAUCUUGCCUGAGGAAGCAGAGAAGGAUGUGAGCUCACCAUUGAAGACUGUUGAGGAGGAAAAGGCAGCUGAGGUUAUUGAUCCAUUGGGAGAGUUGGUGAAGAACUUGUUCGACAUUUACCAAAGGCCUGUUGAGGUGUCAUGGGAUGGUGCUAAAUUUGGGAUCAAUAAUGUCAAAGAUGGCUUCUUCAUCACACACGCUGAUGUGAGCAAGAUAAUAUUAGGAGACAAGUGUUUAAACAUCUCCAUUCUACAGCUAUGGCUUAUGUUUAUUCAUGAUUGGAGUGCGAGCAUUGGUUAUGGAUCAUUGUAUGGGUUCCUUGAACCUCAGUGUAUCCACAAUGCAAGCAGUAGACGUCAAGAGUGUGAAAAUUACAUUGGAAGGUGGUUGAAGGAAGCAGGAAAACAAAUUUACAUAGCACCUUAUUUAAACCAGGCCCAUUGGCAGCUCGUUGUAUUGUGCCCAGGCGACAAUGUAGUGGUUUGGUUUUGUUCUUUGAAGAAGAAGCCGGAUGCUGCCAUCAAGGGUGCAGUAAACAGUGCAAUGAAAUCAGUCACCAAAACUGCAGAGGGAAAGCCACCUCAGCAUGGGCCUUAG